AUGGACACCCCAGCAGACACCUCCUUCACCAAAGCCCUCCCCAAAGUCGAACUCCACGCCCACCUCACAGGCAGCAUCACACCCCAUACCCUGCACGAGAUCUGGCUCAAGAAACGCGAUAUCUCAGCCGGAGCCCAACUAGAAGACCCCCUCACAGCAUGCCGCCCCGAAGCAGCCCACCACGACGUCUUCUCCUUCUUUCCCCUCUUCGACACCUACAUCUACAACCUCAUCAACGAUGUAGACGCCGUCGCCUUCGCCACUGGGGAGGUGCUCAAGGCCUUCGAAGCCGAUGGUGUCCGAUAUCUUGAACUUCGCACCACGCCCCGUGAAGAACCCGCCACGGGUCUGACGAAGGAAGUGUAUGUCGAGACUGUGCUGGAUACCAUCAAAUCCCACAGUCAAGACAAGAUGCACACCUACCUCAUCCUCUCCAUCGACCGCCGUAAUACCCUCGCUCAAGCAAUGGACGUCGUGAACCUCGCCAUCAAGUACCAAUCCCGCGGCAUCGUCGGCGUCGACCUCUGCGGCAACCCCCUGAAAGGCAACAUCUCCCUCUUCGCCCCAGCCUUCGCCAUCGCCAAAUCCCACAACCUCAGAAUCACCCUCCACUUCGCAGAACUCCCCUCCUCCAGCACAGAGGUCGAACUCACCACCCUCCUAUCCUACGUCCCCGACCGUCUCGGCCACGUCAUCAACACCACCCCCUCCAUCGAAACCGAGAUCGAAAAGCGCAAGCUAGGGCUGGAAUUAUGCUUAUCCUGCAACGUCCUGGCCGGUUUGACGGAGGGCGGGUACGCGAAUCAUCAUUUCGGGAAGUGGUACACGCGGGACUGCCCGAUCGCCUUGUGUACAGACGACUUCGGCGUAUUCGGAAGCUCUAUAUCAAACGAAUAUCUCCUCACUGCGCAGCACUUCCAGCUAUCGCGAAGCGAUCUCAUCUGGCUAGCCAGUGGCGCGGUACCCAGUAUCUUCGGCGGCGAGGACGAGGAGGAUAGGAUGUAUGGGUUGUUGAAGGAGUUUGAAGAUCAGCAGGGAUCGUAG